UUGGUGGUUUAAUGUGGAAAUGUAUUACUGGCGAUUAUAUUUACAAGUACUAGUGUAUGUCAAUCAAAUAUUUAUUUUGAAUCAGUUAUUGCGAUAUGUCCUGUAAGUCAAAUGUACGUUCUACGUCAAGCAGUAUUUUAUUGUGAAAUAACAGUUCGGCCGUGCUUGAGUCCAGCUUGUUGACUGUUACUUGUCAUUCAGACAUCCCAGGAAUUUACCACGAUUAGCAACAAAACAACUCGGCACAACCAGGACAUAUUUAGUGUCGAACUCGCGUCGACGGCGCCGAUUACAAAAGAUCGGGAAACAAGGGCUAUUUUGUGGUCACAAUUAAGAUCAGCGGUCAGGGAAGCGGAGCCUAUACACCAGGAGGAAUGCAAAUGUGAAAACAAACCACCACUCGCAUUUCCCCAGCCCUGGACGUGAAGGUGACAACUUCUUUUCCCCCCUUCAUCGUCCCCAUACAUGCUUUUUCAUGAAGAGGGGAGAGAAGCCCGAAGGAUACAGACAGAUGAGGCCCAAGACGUUCCCUGCCAGCAACUACAGCGGCAACAGCCAGCAAAUGCUGCAGGAAAUACGAAACAGCCUGCGCAACUUAUCCAAACCCUCUGAACCACCUAAAGUAGAUACAGGUGGAGCAGGAAAGAUGCCUCCCGAGGAUCCCAGGCAACAGGGGCGGUGCAUUAACCCCAAAAACCCAUACCAUAAGGCCUUACAGGAGAUCCGUAAAUCCCUGAUGCCUUUUGCCAAUGAACCCAACACUUCAGCCUCGGAGAUGAACAAACACAUGUCACUGGAACCUCCAUGUGCAGGGUUUGAGGAGCCGAGCAACAGUCGCAAUCCAGGUUUAACAUUAGACUACAUGGGAAAGGUGACCUACCCAGACUCUUUGAGGGAACAGAUGGCUGUCACCAACCCCAACGCAGCAGGCCUGAAAGCCCCAGGUGCUUCCCUUAUGCAACAGCCUGUACUGAGGAGACCGAGCUGGAAAGGCUCUAAAGAGUCUUUGGCUCCUCGACAUGCUCCAAUGAUGGUAGAUGGAAUUAUGUAUCGUUCUGACAGUCCUGGGCCUCCUCCUGCCUUCCCUCAGGGACACCCUGCCAACAGCCAGAGAGUCAACCCUCCACUGCCACCUCAAGUGCGCAGCGUGACCCCGCCACCAAAUCGUGGCGCAAUGGCUCCGGCGUCGUCCUGGGACAACAACCCAUCCACAAAGCGUUACUCUGGAAACAUGGAUUACCUGGUGCCCCGCAUCUCUCCAGUCCCCCAGGGAGCCUGGCCUGAUGGGUAUACUACUGGAGCCUCCCAGAACCAGCGUGGAAUUAGUCCUGUGUCUGUAGGUCACCAACCCAUCAUCAUGCAAAGUUCUGGAGGAAAUAAGUUCAACUUUCCCUCCAGCUGGUCUCAAAACGGCUCCCCACAGCCAGACUACAUGACGGGAGGCAGUCGUCAACCCCCACCUCCAUACCCAGUUAACCAAAGCAGCCGCCAUAGCCCCACCGAUCAGCAGUUACAAACAGGCGGACCUACACCCUCUACCUCUUACAUGAAUGGUGCAAACAUCCCUCAGUCUAUGCUGGUACCCAACAGGAACAGUCACAACCUUGACUUGUGCAACGUAGCUCCACCUCAGCCCUGGUCACAGCCCACUCUGGUCUCUAGCCAGCAACAGUCAAACUCCGGGAACAGCAACAAUCAGGAUCUGUCCCCAUCGUGGCAGCACAACAUGCCGGCCGUCCGAUCGAACUCAUUCAACAACCAUCAGCUGAACGGCCGAGCGCCGCACCCUGCCAGCUCCCAGCCCUCUGCCACUACAGUCACCGCCAUCACCCAGGCUCCCAUCCUGCAGCCAGUCAAAAGCAUGCGUGUUCACAAACCUGAGCUGCACACCGCCGUUGCACCCACACACCCUCCGUGGGUACAGCAGGCUCCACCACCUCCAGCUGCACCUGCCUACCCAGAACCCCCAGCUCCUGUUUCCCAGAUGCCUACAGUGGAAGUACCCAGCUACCAGGGCCCACCCCCACCUUACCCUAAACACCUCCUUCAGCAGACAGCUGCCGCCUCCUUUCCUCCAGCGUACGAUCCAGGCAGCAAUAAGAUCACCCCUGGCAGGGAGGAUGCUGCCGAGGAUGAGAGCGGCAGCGGCGGAGGCGGUGACAGCUCCAGGGAUAAAACGACAGAAACCCCUAAAGGUUCCACAGCCCCAGAAAAGGAGAACAAACAGAUCACAACGUCACCUGUGCCUGUCCGACGUAACACGAAAGAUGAGGAACGAAGGGGAGAGUCUGGCAGAGUCGCUCUGUACUCGCCCCAGGCCUUCAAGUUCUUCAUGGAGCAGCACGUGGAGAACAUUCUGAAGAAUCAUCAGAUGAGAAUCAGGAGGAGGAAGCAGCUGGAAUGUGAGAUGCAAAGGGUGGGUCUGACUUCAGAUGCCCAGGAGCAGAUGCGUAUGAUGCUCUGUCAGAAAGAGUCCAACUAUAUCCGGUUAAAGAGAGCCAAGAUGGACAAGUCCAUGUUCAAACGGAUCAAGACACUUGGCAUUGGCGCAUUCGGCGAGGUGUGUUUGGCCAGGAAAGAGGACACGGGGGCGCUAUACGCCAUGAAAACUCUGCGCAAAAAAGAUGUCCUGCUGAGGAACCAGGUGGCCCACGUGAAGGCGGAGAGGGACAUCCUGGCUGAAGCUGACAAUGAGUGGGUGGUGCGUCUCUACUACUCCUUCCAAGACAAGGACAACCUGUACUUCGUCAUGGAGUACAUUCCUGGGGGAGACAUGAUGAGCCUCCUCAUCCGCCUUGGCAUCUUCAAAGAGGAGCUGGCGCAGUUUUACAUAGCGGAGCUCACUUGUGCCGUGGAGAGUGUCCACAGGAUGGGCUUCAUCCACAGGGACAUCAAACCCGACAACAUCCUCAUUGAUCGAGAUGGACACAUAAAGCUCACCGACUUUGGGCUGUGUACCGGCUUCCGCUGGACACAUGACUCCAAGUAUUACCAGAGUGGAGACCAUGUGAGGCAGGACAGCAUGGACUUCAGUAAAGAAUGGGAAGAUCCAGCUAACUGUCGCUGCACAGAUCGCCUAAAACCUCUGGAGAGGAGAAAGGCCCGUCAGCACCAGCGAUGUCUGGCCCAUUCACUGGUGGGAACGCCCAACUACAUCGCACCUGAAGUUCUGCUCCGAACAGGAUACACGCAGCAUUGUGAUUGGUGGAGCGUUGGUGUCAUCCUGUAUGAAAUGGUUGUGGGACAGCCUCCCUUCUUAGCCACCACACCCCUGGAGACGCAGCUGAAGGUGAUAAACUGGAAGAGCACGCUGCACAUUCCCCCACAAGCCAAGCUCAGCCCCGAGGCAUCUGAUCUCAUUGUCAAACUGUGCCGCGGCCCAGAGGACCGCCUGGGCAAAAACGGUGCUGAUGAAAUCAAAGCACACCCUUUUUUCAAAUCCAUCGACUUCUCCGGUGACAUAAGGCAGCAGGUUGCACUCUACAUCCCCACCAUCGCCCACUCCACGGACACUUCCAACUUUGACCCGGUGGAUCCGGAAAAGAUGUGGAGCAGCGACAGCGAUGGCGAGGACAAGCACAACGACACGCUCAACGGCUGGUUCCGCAACGGCAAACAUCCAGAGCAUGCUUUUUACGAGUUCACCUUCCGGCGCUUCUUUGACGACAACGGCCACCCGUACAGCUGCCCCAAACCCAUUGAGUACGAGGAGGGCUACAACGAGGACGAGGCGGACACGGAGAGUCCAGCACAGGAGGCAACUGGCAGCUCAGCCGCUCAGGGCCGGGAACUGGUCUACGUGUAGACACCGAGGUCACUGAGUGGCCUGUAAACAGUUUGUUUAGGUCUUUAGGGUGCGAGAAUGUGCACAUCAGUGGAGAGGCUACAACAGUACAGCAUUUAGAAACUUUUUCUUAUUUUGGUUUCUAAUAUUAACAUCCUGCCUUGCUUGGUCAUCAUGGUUAGACAUGAGGCAAUGUUAAUUAUACUACUGGUUCCUUUUUGUCUUUUGGAGCAGAACUGUCCAAAUUUAUGUAGACUGUAGACCAUAAGUCUAGACCAUAAACCUAACAAAGCUUGUCUAAACUGACAGAAAGGAGCCAACAUUCUGCUGUAAACAUUUGGCCAUGUAGCACCUACCAAGCAGAAUCGUAUCACAGGGCAGAUUCUUGGCUUUAGUUUUCAGUCAUGUUUGUGGAAGCCCACAGGAGACAAUAUUAUUUAGAAGCACCUAGGGUAGGGGCAUACAGCACUAGAUGAUCCUAGAAGAAGAAUCUCUACUCCAGAAACACUUUGUUUGCUUUCCUGUGUUUUAAUCCAUUCUCCAGCCUGUUUGCAUCUUUCCACUUCACUGGACUAACACUGCACAUCCAUUCACAUUCAAAAGCUUGACGCUGCAGCAGUACAUACAGAGGAAAGUAUUGUUGUCGUAUUGCGUCUAACACUCAACAUGUAAACAGACCUUUGUUUUAAAAGUAAACAUAACUUAGCGCCAUCAAAUUUAAGGACACAACUUUAUAUUGUGGGAAAACACUUUUUCUUUGCAGUGAGGUUUUAGAGAGGAUUUUAACGUCUCUUCUGUUUAUACAUCAAUAUAAAGCUUAAGACCAGAAACAAAUUUGAUUUGAAUUUUAAUUAAGUGCGUCAACACCUAGGAUAAUAAUGGACCAAUAGUUUUUAUAGUCUUAUAGUUCUAUGAUGGCAGCUGUAAUCCUUUUAGCUGCAUUUCUGCCACCUACUGAUUUCUAUAAAUGAUCUACACAUUCCUUCCCCUAAAAACAGAAGGGUUUUUCAUUUUUAAUAUUUAUUUUGAUAACAGACCCUUAAGUCUCUAUAUUUGACCUCAAAGUUGUUCUUUUACUGUAUGAGAAAUAAUGCUGCCUAGAUAACAUUAAUGGGAAAUAAUAAAUCAGGGUCACUCUCCUUGAUGAUGUCACACAGACCCUUUAAACAAAGCCUUAUUUUUUAUUUUUAAGACUGUAAGCAGUAAUGUAAAGUAUAGAUGCUGGAUUUUUUUUAAAAUCUUAAUUUAUAUUCUAAUGUCAGUGAUGGGGGAUUUAGUUUGUGACAUAGGGUUUUAAAUGGUUGUAAUUGAUUGUUGUGCCUUUUGAUCUUUUUUUUUUGUUACCAAAUAUACAGAGAGUUAAAAUAAUCAGACUGGCAUUUUAAAAGUAGACUUAGUUUGAUUGGACUACAGUAGAUUUUGCUGUUUUUAUUUUUCUAAUUUAUACCUAAAAUGUAUUUAUAAUUUAAGUUGUACACAUGACACUUGAUGUAAAUAGAUUUCUCUUUCCUGUCUGUUUUUUUUUUUGUUUUUUUUUUAUUCUUUUCUUUUUUCUUUAGGGCAGGCCCUGGUCAGUGUCGCUGCUGCUGCCAUGAAUGUUUUGUAGUUCUGUCUCUUUACACUUAGAAAACACUUGCUCACAGGACAUUUAUAAGGUAUUUUAAAGCUCCUUUCAUUUUCUGACACAUUUUGUUCUUAGAGAUGGGUACUCAACCUGGUACUUAACAGUACCAACUUUGGUUGGUAAUGGUAGGUCCAGAGCACAAGGAAGUAGUUGCCAAAUAUCCAUACCCUAAGUCGUGUUUUUCUGCAGCACUAGGAACUAUUUUUGUUUUCACUGCAGAGGCCCGGAAACAGCGUACAGUGUUCUCAAAUGUUACCUUUUGGGCAUCAGAACUUCUUUUAAGGUACUGUUAAAAUCAAAUGUGAACAGUACCCAUCUCUUUCACCUCAAAACCAAAGCACUACAUUGGUGUUAUUUCCACUUUAUUUUAAAGCAGAAACAAACAAUUUAUCAUGGGACUUAACAUGACUAUCAUGUAGAAGCUUUUUUCUCUCCUAAUGUAUUUUUAUACUAAACCUUUGAGAAACUGCAGCUACACUACAUAUAAUUGUAUGUCUCUAUAAAAGUAAAAACACUAAAAUAAAAAAAUGGACUGUCGGUAGGAAGAAAUGCUGCUCUUUUGUAAAAUAUCCAUCAUCAGGAUUUCUGUAACCCGCUGUAAUUUGUCAUAAAGAUAUGGGAAAAAAAUUCUUUGAAUGUAGUUUCUCUGGACGUAACAGUGACCACUGGCAUUCUGCACUGGUUUUUGUGUUUUCGUUGUUGAGUGAGAGUUUUUAUUUUUGUGUACAUUAUUUUCUCUGGGGAAACGGGAAAGAGGGGGAUUUAAUAAAGAAUGUAAAGAACAUCUGGACAAGCCUCGUUUUGUUGAGAUUUUUUGCCUCUUCAAAUAAUGUAUCAAAUAUUAACACUUAUUUAGUUUGUCUACUAAUGUUGACACAUCGUGACGCAUGUUUUUUAAUUCGAUUAGGUCUAUCAUCACCUUUUCCAGGCUAAUGUUCCUGCAAGUUACCACACGAGGGCACCAAAGAAUAAACGGACAUAAUGACCCAGAAACAGGAACUAAAAUACAAGAGUUUAAAACUACAAUUGGAUAAAGCCAUAAAGAUUAAAGAUGAAUAUUAUUCACGAACUAUCAUUUAUUAAUUGGUCUACUAUGUAUGCACAAAUAUCUAACCGUUUUGGACGCAAAACCACCGGAAGCAAAACGCUGUUGUAAAGGUAGACGCCAACGCCAUACUCGUAAAUUGCCUGUCACCUUUCACGACUAAUUACUAAACUAACUUCGUCUAAUGUGAUGUCAUGUUAACUUCCAAUUAUAUGUUAAUUGUAAAUAUAAUUUGUAAAAUAAUUAUUUUAAUAAUAAUAAUACUUACAUCAAUUAGUAUCCAUCGGAGCCGCAGUUUCUGGUUUUAUUUUUCCCGCCGUGUGUCCGCACUGCAUUCUGGGAUUGGUAAGGUCUAGUAGCAGGAAUCAAAUUGUUGCGGCACACCAUUUCUGGCCAACUCGUUUAAUUUGUAAAAUAAUUAUUUUAAUAAUAAUAAUACUUACAUCAAUUAGUAUCCAUCGGAGUCGCAGUUUCUGGUUUUAUUUUUCCCGCCGUGUGUCCGCACUGCAUUCUGGGAUUGGUAAGGUCUAGUAGCAGGAAUCAAAUUGUUACGGCACACGAUUUCUGGCCAACUCGUUUUCACCGACAACGUUGAAAAAUCUCAAGUGGUUAUAUAUCGCUGGUGGUGACGAAUUUAGACAAUUUAGAUAAAUCAUGUCGAUGUUUUAUUCUUCUAUUUAUGACUAAUUCUCUAAUAACUGUCCAUGAAUAAUAAAUCAAAGCCUUCUCGUGUAAGUCAGUUGAUUUACAUUGCUCACGUGACUUCCAUACCGGUAUCAAACUCUAAGUGCUCUGGCGCCCUCUAUCGGAGAUGCAGCGUAGACAUUAAAAACAACCAGCUAAAGUUUUAUCAAACAUUGAUACCACUUUGUGCAUCAAACCAAAUGUUCUAUUGACAUUCCAUAAGCAAUUAAAUUUGAAUGUUAAUCUAAAAAUAUUCAAUGGAAAACUAACUAAUAUCCUCCAUGCAUAAAAAUUAAGUUAAUUAAGUUUAUUGACCAAAUAUUUCUUGUUGAAUGGGCAAAACCAGCCUUUGUCGCUGCUUUGAGUGUUUAAAAACCCAGCACAGCUGAAGAAACCAUGACACUUAACACACAUGUGACAACAUUGAUCACAAACAAUUUAACUUAAACAAGCUUAUUUUUUAAUGGAUCUGCAAAAUUGUUUGAAUUUCCAAAGAGAACUUCUGUACCUCCCUCCCACAGUUACCCAGUGGCAAAGGUUACAACAACGUUACAGAAACGCUUCCAACCCAAAGAAAUCCGCAUGCAGGAAAAAAAAAAAAAAAAA